AUGUGGAGAAGAGAUUGCAGGGGACAACAGAGGACGAAGGGACGUAGAAGCCGGAGGAGGAUCUGUACCGAGAACAGCUGUGGCGAUGGAGAAAAGUGGGUACAUAUGAAAUGCUAUUUGGAUACAGAACCAACAGGGCUUGGGGACCCACUGAAAGUGAGGGUGAGGGCUAAACAGGACCAGCAGCAUCAGCAUCAUUCAGGGGCUUGUGAAAAGUACAAACUCUCGGGCUCCUUCCUAGACCUGCAGAAUCAGCAUCUUCUUUUUCCAGAUCCAGGAUGUGUGAAUGAAUGUGAAGAUACCACCGUGUGCCCAGCUUAUGCAAUCUGCACCAACACUUUGGACAGCUACUACUGCACUUGCAAAGGAGGCUUUCUGUCGAGCAAUGGACUGAUGCGGUUCCAGGGCCCAGAAGUAACAUGCAAAGAUAUAGAUGAAUGUUCUCAAAGCCCCCAACCGUGUGGUGCCAACUCAGUCUGCAAAAACCUGCAGGGGAGAUACAAGUGCAGCUGCUUGCCUGGUUUCUCUUCUCCCACUGGAAAUGACUGGACCUCGGGAAAGCCGGGUCAUUUCUCAUGCACAGACAUCGAUGAAUGCCUCUCCGAUGGGGUCUGCCCAGAGCAUGCUGAGUGUAUCAACUCCUUGGGAAGCUACAAUUGCAGCUGCCAGGUUGGAUUCAUCUCUCACAACUCGAUCUGUGAAGAUAUUGAUGAGUGCCUUUACAUCAGCCUUUCCAACGCAACAUGCACCAACACCCCUGGGAGCUACUUCUGCACCUGCUCUCCUGGCUUUGCACCAAGCAACGGACAGCUGAACUUCACAGGCCAAGACGUGGAAUGCAGAGAUAUCGAUGAGUGCUCCCAGGACCCAUCACCAUGUGGCCCCAGUUCUGUGUGCACCAAUGCCCCGGGCUCCUACAGCUGUAGCUGCAUUGAGGGCUUUCGUCCCGAUCCAGAAGGCUCCUUCAACUUCAACUGCAAAAGGAUUCCCUUCAAGUGCAAAGAAGAUGUGAUACCCAACAAUGAGUGGGUCCAGCAAUGCCAAGUGGGAGAAGCAGUGAUGGCUGAAUAUGGUUCCUUCUGCACACUAAUGAAUGCCACCUUCAGUGUUCUGGACAAUGCCUGUGAAAACAAAACCACCGUGGUUUCUCUGAAGAGUGCGGCUGAGAGCCUUACCUCUGUGCUCGAACAAACAUCCACAUGGUCCAACUUCUCCCAAGAGGAGACCUCUGCCCUGGCCACUGUCAUACUGGAGAGUGUGAAAAGCAGCACCCUGGCAGCUUUCCUGAAACCCUCAGCCAAUGUCACUCAGACUGUUCAGACGGAACACUUGGAAAUUGAAAGCAAGAUCAUCCAGGGAGAAUGUGCUGAAGAGAACAUGAUCCUUCACUUCAAAGCCAAAGGGAAUGAGAUGAAAAUUCAGUGCUCUACAAUCAAGGAAUCUGAAUCCAUAGGGACCAUCGGGGUAGCUUUUGUCUCCUUUUCGGGGAUGGAGUUGUUUUUAGAUGAGAGUUUCUUCCAAGACCCUCAGAACCCCUUGGCCAAUUCCCAGAGGAGGCUAAAGAUGAAUUCUCACGUUGUGCAGGGCAUCAUGACUGGGGAGAAGCAAGAUGGGUUCUCUAACCCAGUCAUUUACACGCUGGAGAACAUCGAGCCAAAGCAGACGUUUGAGAGUCCUAUCUGUGUUUCCUGGAACACAGAUAUGGAGGGUGGCAGGUGGAUACCCUCUGGCUGUAAGAUCCAUGAAGUUUCUGAGAUGUAUACUACGUGCAGCUGUCAUCACAUGAUGAACCUGGCCGUCAUCAUGGCUUCUGGGGAGCUCACGACGGAGUUACCCUUGCACAUCAUUAGCCACGUGGGUUUGAUCAUCUCCCUGGUGUGUCUCGUCUUGGCCAUUGCCACCUUCCUGCUGUGUCGUGCCAUUCACAACCACAACACCUACCUCCACCUGCACCUCUGCGUGUGCCUCUUCUUGGCCAAGACUCUCUUCCUCACCGGUGUAGACAAGACUGGCAACCAGACGGGCUGUGCCAUCAUUGCAGGCUUCCUGCACUACCUUUUCCUCGCCUGCUUCUUCUGGAUGCUGGUGGAGGCUGUGAUGCUCUUUCUUAUGGUCAGGAACCUGAAGGUGAUGAAUUACUUCAGCUCUCGCAACAUCAAGAUGUGGUACCUCUGUGCCUUUGGCUACGGGCUCCCAGGGCUGGUGGUGGCUGUCUCAGCCGGUGUGCAACCACAGGGUUACGGGAUGCAUAAUCGCUGUUGGCUGAACACAGAGACAGGGUUCAUCUGGAGCUUCCUGGGACCAGUCUGCGCCAUCAUCCUGAUCAAUUCCAUCCUCCUGACUUGCACGUUGUGUAUCCUGAGGCAGAAGCUUUCCAGUGUCAAUGCUGAAGUCUCCACGCUCAAAGACACCAGGUUACUGACGUUCAAGGCGUUUGCCCAGCUCUUCAUCCUGGGGUGCUCCUGGGUGUUGGGCAUUUUCCAGAUUGGAUCCAUGGCCAGUAUCAUGGCCUACCUGUUCACCAUCAUCAACAGCCUGCAGGGGACCUUUAUCUUCAUCAUUCACUGUCUGCUCAACCGCCAGGUGCGGGAAGAAUACAGGAAGUGCAUUACCAGGAAGACGAAACGUAGCCCUGAGUCCCAGACCUCAGGGAUGUUACUGUCCUCUGUCCCCUCCACCUCUAAAUCGAUGUGGGAUCCUGCCAGCCCCAGAACUCUCUGGGAAGCAAGAAUUUCUGUUUCAGAUUAUCAGUUCUGCUCUUUGAGUUCCCAGAGUUUUGUGGAAGCAACAGAUCCCAGUGCAAUGGCAUGA